AUGACUGUUAAAAACCUAGUUCAGAUCGUGGUUCCGAAUGCAAAACAACAAAUACUCAAGUUAAUUGAUUACUAUCAAAAUGAAUCAUAUAUUGAAGCACCAGUAAAGUCUUCUAUUAAAAAUUCUAAAAAGAUACAAGACUAUUUUCAUGAACUUCAAAAUCAAGAACAAGCAAGCUUUUCACAGAAUGAAUUAUCAACUCAGCAAGAUCAUUUUACAGAAUUGGAAGUAUAUCUUGCAGAACUAGCUAAUAAAAAUAAUGAUGAUCCAGUUUUAUACUAG